AUGCUGACUGGCCCUGAUCCAGUAGUCUCGUACCGCCCGUUCCUGGCCCUGUUCCGUCCCGCCGCGCCGCCAUCAUCAUCAUUACAUCACACCCGGGCAUUCUCAGCAGCGCACGCUGAUAUGCCGUCGCAAGACACACAACCACCGCCCGCGCGCAAGUUCACCUAUCAUGCCGCUGCCUCCUAUGCGAGCAAGCACAAGCGCCUCAACCCGAACUCCGACCUGUUCCACUUCAACCCGUAUAACCGCAUCCAGCCACAGAUCAAGCGCCCCAAGUCGAAACGGCCCGCCAGCGGUCAGGAUGCCUUCUUCAUAGCUCGCGUCGGCGACACCAACGCCGUUGCCCUCGGCGUGGCAGAUGGUGUUGGCGGAUGGGAGGAGAGUGGCGUCGAUCCUGCCGACUUCUCCCACAGCUUCUGCGACUACAUGGCCCUGGCCGCCUACGAGCACAAGCCCGGCGUCAGCCCCCUGCUGAAGGCCAGGGCGCUGAUGCAGAAGGGUUACGACGAUGUUUGCAGCGACAAGAGCAUACCUGCCGGGGGGAGCACCGCCUGUGUGGCCAUUGCGUCUGAGGAUGGCAAACUCGAGAUCGCAAACUUGGGCGAUUCCGGCUUCAUCCAGCUGCGCCUGAACGCCGUCAACAGUUACACCGAACCACAGACCCACGCCUUCAACACGCCCUAUCAACUCUCCGUCGUCCCGGAGAGCAUGCUGGCCCGCGCCGCAGCUUUCGGCGGCGCUCAACUAUGCGACUAUCCCAAGGACGCCGAUGUUACCACACACAACCUCAAGCAUGGCGAUAUUCUGGUCUUUGCCAGCGAUGGGCUGUGGGACAACGUUUUCAACCAAGAUAUCUUGAAGAUUGCGAGCCGCAUCAUGACCAGUUGUGGUGCCUGGAAAUCGUCAGACGGAGGAAUUCGUGUCAUCGACAACCUGGCACCGUUCACACAGGCCGACGACUCGGCCCAGCGUCCCAUGACUCUCCAGGGCGCAAUUGCCCUCGAGAUUGCACUGACUGCCAAGGCCUUGAGUCUCAACCAGAGGAUCGACGGGCCCUUUGCCAAGGAGGUACAAAAGUACUACCCACAGGAGGACUGGCAUGGUGGCAAGGUAGACGACAUCUGUGUCGUGGUUGUGGUCGUGUCCGAGGAGGGAAAGCCACAGGCUGUUAAAGCCAAACUUUAA